CACUAGUCUGAACCACUCUCAAAAAUGUCGAUGUGGCUUUAAUGUGAACGAACUCCUGUUGAUUCCAAGUUUGUAAACAGAGGUCACUAUGGACAUGUUUGCCAUUCUCUUUAUUUGCAUGUUCAGCCCCGUCCUGGCAAACCAAGAGGAGCGAUUACCAAAUAAAUGCGAGGUUUGUAAAUUACUGACGGUGGAGUUGCAGGACGCCUUGGAAAAAACUGGCCGCUCGAAGGAAGUUCUAGAGCUCGGAGAAGUUUUGGAAACUGGCAAGCGCAGGCGCAAAAUCAAAUACAACACUUCAGAGACUCGCCUUACUGAGGCCAUGGACAACAUCUGUGAAAGAAUUCUGCAGUAUAAAGUCCAUGCUGAGAGACCGGGGAGUCUUCGCUAUGCCAAGGGCACAAGUCAAACCAUGAACACACUGAAAAACCUGGUGGAUAAGGGAGUGAAGGUGGAGCUGGGGAUCCCGUUUGAACUGUGGGAUGAACCAUCAGUGGAGGUGGCAGACUUGAAGAGACAGUGUGAGACCAUGUUGGAAGAGUAUGAGGAGAUUGUGGAGAGCUGGUACUUUCAUCAUCAAGAUGAGAGACUUGACGGAUUUUUCUGUGCAGCCCAUGUCCUCAGAGACUCGGACCAAGAAUGCCUGAAUGAGGUAUGGAAAGGUGACAUGGGUGUUAAGGGAUCCAAAGAGGAGAGCGAGGGAGAGAACGGAAGACAGACCCAUGACGCAGGAGAACUGUGAAAGCAGAGCUAUAAUGGUUGAUGAAUGCAUGAGACCUGUAGGAAAUCUUUGCACAAAACUACAGGAACCAAGAAAAAUACGUUUUUUCCACAAAUCUACACGAACAUGACUUUACAGCAACGAACACUAACUGUAAGUGUUCAAAAUUGUCCUAAUCUGUUACUUUUGCCAGAUCAUGUAACGUGAACGGUCCUUGGUGUUUUACCUCUUUUUCCAUGCUGAUAUUUCUCAGUGUUACCAAUAAUGAAGAAUGACACUGAAAUGUGCCUUUUAUUGUGUAUUAUCUUAUA